AUGUUGUGCCGAACCUGCGCACAGGCGACACAACCAGCCUACAAUGGCGUGGCGCCAUCAUACGGUCUAGCAAACCAGCUCAUCCUCGACAUACCCCACAAUCAGGUCGUAAAUAUCAUUGUACAGAAUUUUGAAGAUGGCUUGCACCCAUUUCAUAUGCAUGGCUAUUAUUUCUGGGUCAUGGCCAGCUCGCAGAAUCAGUAUUUCCCGUAG